AUGCAAUUUCGAUCAGGUACAUUGAAGGGCGAUGAGAAAGUCGCCUUGAAACGAAAAGGCACUACGGCUGAUGACAACGAAGGCAGCCCACCAGCCAAGAAGGCUCGUUCGUCGAAGAAAUCAGCUCCUCAGAACACUCCUACUGUGGUCACCGAGAAAGAACUCGUAUCUGAACCUGAAGAGGAUGCCGAAGUACUGUCAUCCGAAGAUGAAGACCCGGAAGCUGCUGCUGAAUCGCAAGAAAAGCUUCAAAGUGUCUUAAAGGGGUCUGGGAAGGAUCCCUAUCCAGACUGGAAAGCUGGAGAUCCGGUACCUUUUGCCGCCCUUUGCACUACAUAUUCAAAGAUUGAAAUGACAACCAAACGACUAGAGAUUUCGGCCCACUGUUCAAAGUUCCUACAGCAGGUCCUGCGUUUAACGCCAGAUGAUCUCCAAGUUGUAGUAUUACUUAUGAUCAACAAGCUUGCAGCUGACUACGUCGGAAUCGAGCUCGGCAUUGGAGAGUCACUGAUAAUGAAAGCUAUUGGUGAAAGUACUGGUAGAAGCUUGGCCAUCAUCAAGGCCGACCAGAAAGACAUAGGAGAUUUGGGCCUCGUAGCGGCGAAGAGUCGAUCAAAUCAGCCGACUAUGUUCAAGCCAAAACCUUUGACUGUUCGUGGCGUUCAAGAAUCUCUGAUGACCAUUGCGCAGACAGAGGGUAAAGGUGCCCAAGAGCGGAAGGUUGGUGGCAUCAAGAAGUUACUUUCUGCUGCAGAUACCCAAUUUGCAGGCAAAGGUUCGAAAGGCAUCGAUAUUACGAAAGACAAAGGAGGCCCAAGUGAGUCCAAGUUCAUCGUAAGGAUGCUGGAAGGAAAGCUUCGACUUGGACUGGCUGAAAAGAGUGUCUUGGUAGCGUUGUCGAAUGCUGUGGUCAUGCACGAGAGCAAGGUCAAAACUGGCAAAGAUGCUAGCGGACAAAAGAUUGCCGAGGGCGAGCGAAUGCUGAAGUCAAUCUACAGCGAGCUACCCAGCUACGAAGUCAUCAUUCCCGAGAUGCUCAAGCAUGGAAUUAUGAAGCUAAGGGAUCACUGCAACCUCCGACCCGGGGUUCCCUUGAAGCCCAUGCUUGCUAAACCUACUAAGUCGAUUACUGAAGUCCUCGAUAGAUUCGAGGGAAAGGACUUCACUUGCGAAUACAAGUACGAUGGCGAGCGAGCUCAAAUUCAUUACGUGUCCAAGGAUGCAGACGAAGUAUUUGCAACUGCUGCACCGUCUGCGGGAAAGUCUGAAGGUGGCGUCUCUAACAUUUUCUCAAGGAACUCGGAGGAUCUAUCAAAGAAGUAUCCAGACAUCCUUCAAAGACUCCCGGCAUGGGUCAAACCGGGUACAAAAAGUUUCGUGCUGGAUUGUGAGACUGUUGCGUGGGACGUCAAAGAGAAGAAGGUACUUCCAUUCCAGCAGCUUAUGACAAGGAAGCGCAAAGAUGUCAAGGCAGAAGAGGUGACCGUUCAAGUGUGCGUAUUUGCAUUCGAUCUGCUAUACCUGAAUGGCGAAGCUCUCGUGAACAAAUCUUUCCGUGAGCGACGCGAGGCGCUUCGUGGAGCUUUCAAUGAGACUGAAGGAGAGUUCAAGCUUGCACAAUACGGCAAUACCAACGAGCUAGAAGAGAUACAGAUCCUUCUGGAGGACUCUGUGAAGGCGUCCUGUGAAGGCUUGAUGGUGAAAAUGCUUGACGGGCCCGAGAGUAGCUAUGAACCUAGCAAACGCUCACAGAACUGGCUCAAAGUCAAGAAAGAUUAUCUUUCAGGCGUUGGCGACUCUCUUGAUCUCGUAGUCCUUGGAGCCUACUUCGGCAAAGGCAAGCGCACCUCUUGGUAUGGUGCAUUCCUCCUUGCAUGCUACAACACAAACAAGCAAACAUACGAGACUGUCUGUAAUAUUGGUACAGGCUUCUCCGAAGCGAUUCUUGAGGAAUUCCACACAAAGCUAUCUGAGAACACCAUUGAUCACCCAAAGCCAUUCUACUCGCAUUCUGCAGGUAACAAGGACCAACCAGAUGUUUGGUUCGAGCCGAAAUUUGUCUGGGAGGUCAAGACGGCAGACCUGACCCUCAGUCCGAGAUACAAGGCUGCUGCCGACCAGCUCGGCAAAGGCGUGAGUCUAAGAUUCCCGAGGUUCAUAAAGGUACGAGAAGACAAGAAGCCGGAUCAGGCGACAAGCAGUCGCCAGAUAGCCGAGAUGUACCAAAGACAGGAAAGCGUGGCGAAAAAUAAGGGGCCAGCUGCAGAUGACGAUUUCGAAUACUAA